GGGGAGGGGGGGGGGGGGGGGGCGGUUACUGGUUUCGGAGGAUCCGGGGACCAGGUGAGAAUGUCGGCCCAGGUUCGACUGAAGAGGCUUGAGCAGCUGCUCCAACAAGAGACGGGGUUCGUGAGUUUCGAGACUCUGUUGGACCUGCUGCUCUGCCUCUACACAGAGUGCAGUACCAGCGCCUCCCUCAAGAGGGAGAAGCAUAUAUGCGACUUCCUGCAGUGGGCCAAACCCUUCACCACCACAGUGAAGGAGCUGCGUCUGCACAGAGAUGACUUUGAGAUGUUGAAGGUGAUUGGACGAGGAGCCUUUGGGGAGGUUGCCGUGGUGAAGAUGAAACACACAGAGAGAGUUUUUGCCAUGAAGAUUCUGAACAAGUGGGAGAUGCUGAAGAGGGCAGAGACGGCGUGUUUUCGCGAGGAGCGUGAUGUCCUGGUGAAGGGUAACAGUCCGUGGAUCACCAGACUUCACUACGCCUUCCAGGACGACAACUACCUGUACCUGGUCAUGGACUACUACGUGGGCGGAGACCUGCUGACUCUGCUCAGUAAGUUUGAAGAUCGUCUUCCAGAGGACAUGGCCCGGUUCUACUUGGCUGAGAUGGUCCUGGCCAUCCACUCCAUCCACCAGCACAACUACAUCCACAGAGACAUCAAACCCGACAACGUCCUGCUGGAGGUCAACGGUCACAUUCGUUUAGCCGACUUUGGAUCCUGUCUGCGUACGCUGGAGGACGGCACGGUGCAGUCCUCCGUUGCCGUGGGAACACCCGACUACAUCUCCCCAGAGAUCCUGCAGGCCAUGGAGGACGGGAUGGGUCGCUACGGUCCAGAGUGCGACUGGUGGUCUCUGGGGGUCUGCAUGUAUGAGAUGCUGUACGGUGAAACCCCCUUCUACGCCGAGUCCCUGGUGGAGACUUAUGGAAAGAUCAUGAACCAUGAGGAGCGUUUCCAGUUCCCGUCCCACGUGACGGACGUGUCGGAGGACGCCAAAGACCUGAUCCGACGCCUGCUCUGCCCGAGGGAAUGUCGGCUCGGUCUCAACGGGAUCUCGGACUUCAAGAACCAUGCGUUUUUCCGUGGCGUAGACUGGGAGAACAUCCGUUCUACCGACGCCCCCUACAUCCCGGACGUGUCGUCCCCCACGGACACCUCCAACUUUGACGUGGACGACGAUGUCCUGAAGAACCCGGACGGGGGUCACGUGACCUCUCACACUGGCUUUACGGGGCAGCACUUGCCCUUCGUGGGCUUCACCUUCACCUCGGACUGCUGCUUCUCAGAGCGCUGCCCACCACGGGGGGGUGGGGGCGAGGAGGCGGAGCUUUUCCAAAGGAGGAUACGCCUCCUGGAGGAGGAGAAGGAGGCGCUAGGACGCAGGCUGCAAGAGUCCACUUCUCCUCUAGGAGGAAGUUCAGGUCCAGGUCUGAGCCGAGACAAAGAGACAAAGAAACUGAACGAAGAGAUUGAACGAUUGAAGAAAAAGCUGGAAGACUCUGAUAGGCUGCAGCAGCGGCUGGAGGAGGCGGUGUCUCUCAGGCAGGACUCUGAAGGUUCUGAGUCCAAACUGAAGACCUUGGAGACACAGGUGAAGACACUGAGACAGGACAAGGACCAGGUCCACAAGCAGCUGGCUGACUCCUUGGAGCAUCUGCGCGUUCAGACCAAGGAGCUGAAGGAGGCGCACUCCCAGAGAAAGGCGGCGCUGCAGGAGUCCUCAGAACUGACAGAGAAGAUGUCGGAGCUACGCUCGUCCAAACAGCGUCUGUCCCGUCAGCUGAGGGACAAGGAGGACGAGCUGGACCUCCUCCUGCAGAAGGUGGAGGGGAGCAGGCAGGAGGUCCGCAGGGCCGAGAAGAGGAACAAGGAGCUGGAGGCUCGGUUGGACGACUCUAGGUCGGAGGCGUCCACAGAGAGGAAGUUGCGUGAACACAGUCAAGUUUAUGCCAAAGAGCUGGAGGCGGAGCUACAGCGCCUGAAGUCUCAGCAGGGUCAAGGAGUAGUCGCUGUGGGGGCGGAGUCUCAACAGGAGUUGAUGCAUUUGAAGGCGGAGCUUGAGAAGAAGGUGCUGUUCUAUGAGGAGGAGCUUCUGCGUCGAGACUCCGCCCACACCUUAGAGAUCAAAAACCUCCGCAAAGACCUGCAGGAAUCCGAGGGGGCGCAAGUGAGCUGCAACAAGGAGCUGCUGCAGCUGAGGGAGAAGCUGGACCAGGUCCGGAGAGACAGACAGAGGGAGGUGGAGGAGGUGGUGGCAGCUCUGAAGGAAAAACACGAACGGGAGAAGAUUCUCCUGACGCAGAAGAACCGCAAGAUGACGGCAGAGACUGAGAAGCUGUGCUCCUUUGUGGACAAACUCACGGCUCAGAACCGUCAGCUGGAGGAUGAGCUCCAAGAUCUGUCUUCCAAGAAGGAGGGCGUGGCCCACUGGGAGGCCCAGAUCGCUGAGAUCAUUCAGUGGGUCAGUGAUGAGAAGGACGCCCGAGGUUACCUCCAGGCUCUGGCCACCAAGAUGACGGAGGAGCUGGAGGUCCUGAGGAACUGCAGUCUGGGACCCAGAACCCAGGACCCACUGUGGAAGGUGCGGCGAAGUCAGAAGUUGGACAUGUCGGUGCGGCUGGAGCUGCAGUCGGCGCUGGACGCUGAGAUCAGGGCCAAGCAGUUGGUCCAGGAGGAGCUGAGAAAGGUCAAGGUCACCAACAUCAGCCUGGAGAGCAAAAUAAAGGAGGUGGAGGAAAGGAGCAGGAACCUAGAGGAGCAGAAGGAGAACCUGAAGAAGGAGCUGGAGGAGAAGCGCCGCCACUCGGACAAAGGUCUGAAGCUCCCAGACUUCCAGGACUCCAUCUUUGAAUACUUCAACACUUCACCUCUGGCUCCUGACCUGACCUUCAGGGCCGCAGACUUGGACUCCUCCCCGCAGAACCUGGAGACCACGCCCACUUCUCACGUCUCUGACUCUGAGGUGGUGGGGACUGUGUCCGUCCCAUCAGGCUCCCCCACCUCUGACCACAGCGCCACCCUGAGCCUGCCGAAGCCCAAGGCCCAUCAGUUGAGCAUCAAGACCUUCUCCAGUCCAACACAGUGUUGUCACUGCAGUGCCCUCAUGGUGGGGCUAAUGCGCCAGGGCUUUGCCUGUGAAGAGUGCUCCUUCAUCUGCCAUGUGACCUGUAAAGACCACGCCCCCCAACUCUGUCCAAUCCCAGCAGAGCAGGCGAAGAGGCCGCAGGGCAUCGAUGUCCAGCGAGGCAUCGGUACCGCCUACAAGGGUUAUGUCCGGAUCCCGAAGCCCAGCGGCGUGAAGAAAGGCUGGCAGCGAGCCCUGGCCGCGGUCUCCGACUGUAAGCUCUUCCUCUACGACGUUCCAGAGGGGAAGUCCACGCAGCCAGGAGUGGACGCCGCCCUGGUUCUGGACCUGAGGGACGAAGAGUUCUCCGUUAGCUCCGUCCUCGCCUCAGAUGUGAUCCACGCCACCAGGAAGGACGUUCCCUGCAUCUCUCUGGUGACCUCCUCUCAGCUGAUGGCCCAACUGUCCUCGGUGUCACUCCUGGUUCUGGCUGAGAGUGAGGUGGAGAAAAGGAAGUGGGUCAGAAUCCUGGAGAGUCUUCAGAACAUCCUGACCAAGAACCUCCCGAAGAACCGUCCGGUCCACGUCCUGCAUCAGGCCUACGACGCCUCGCUGCCCGUCAUCAAGACCACCCUGUCAGCAGCUGUUCUGGAUCCGGAGCGCAUCGCCCUGGGAACGGAAGACGGACUGAUAGUGGUGGAAGUGACCAGAGACGUGAUCGUCAGGGCGGUGGACAGUAAGAAGGUUCAUCAGGUCGAUCUGAUCCCAAAAGAGAAAAUCGUUGCUUUGCUCUGUGGUCGAAACCGUCACGUCCACCUCCACCCGUGGGCCGCCCUGGAGGGGGCGGAGCCUGUUUUUGACAUCAAACUGACCGACACCAAAGGCUGCCAGGCUCUGACCACCGGGGUGCUGCGGCCCGGAGGCCCCUCCUGUUUGCUAGCUGCUGUNCGCCCCCUCCCUGUUCCUGAACCUCGGCUCUCGUCUGCUCUGCUCCAGGUCCAGUGUUACGAGAUCGUACCGACCCGACCGCACCAUCGGCGGCUGUGGGAGGUGCAGGCGCCGGGUGUCGUACAGUGGCUCGGAAUGAUCUGGGAACGUCUCUGCAUCGGGUAUCCGUCUGGUUUCGCUCUACUUGCCCUGCAGGGGGAGUCGUCCCCCGUCAGUCUGGUCAGUCCCAAAGACCCGUCUCUGGCCUUCCUGUCCCAGCAGCCUCUGGACGCCCUCCACGCCCUGGAGGUGGGGGCCACUGAACUCCUGCUGUGCUUCAGUCAACUUGGCGUCUACGUGGACCAACAAGGACGGCGCUCCAGGACCCAGGAGCUGAUGUGGCCCGCCACGCCACACGCAUGCACUUCAAACUCCUCCCACCUGUCGGUCUACACCGACUACGGGGUGGACAUCUUUGACAUCCACACCACGGAGUGGGUCCAGACCAUCUCCCUGAGGAAGAUCCGACCUUUGAACGUUGAAGGAACCUUGAACCUGCUGAGCUCAGAACCUCCACGACUCAUCUUCUUCAGCAACUUCUCCUCAGAGUCCGUCCUCACCAUCCCGGAGACCUCGGAGCAGAGCAGGAAGUUGAUGGUCCGAACCCGCAGCAAGAGGAAGUUCCUCUUCAAAGUUCCUGAGGAGGAGCGUCUGCAGCAGAGGAGGGAGAUGCUCAGGGACCCGGAGCUCAGGUCCAGGAUGAUUUCAAAGCCCACCAACUUCAAUCAUGUGGCCCACAUGGGCCCCGGGGACGGGAUGCAGGCGCUCAUGGACCUGCCUGUGGUAAACACACCUUCUCCUCUAAGCCCCGCCCCCUCUCCUCCCCCCUCUCCCUUCUCCUCCCCUCACACCUUCAUCUCUUCUCCCUCCAACUUUGAGCACAUCUAUCACAUGACCCCGGUGUCGGCCGAUGCUUUCAUGCAGAAAGACUCCUCCUCCUCCUCCUCCUCCUCCUCCUCGCAGCAGAGCCUCCUGCAGCCUUUCUCUUCCUCCUCCUCCUCCUCUUUCUCCAUGUCCUCUCUGGGAAGGAGUGUGACAUCAUCUCAAGACGACCCCAUCACAGAUAAGCCCCGCCCUCUUUCCAGUAUUUCUCGCCAGCAGAGAAAAAUACACAUCACACGCACAACUUCAGAUUUUGGGAGUGGACCUUUGUCUCGGGAUGCAGAUCAGAAUGUGGACAAAGAGCUGGACUCAGACUCGACCAAACACUCGACUCCAUCCAACAGUUCGGCGCCCCCCAGUCCCAGCUCCCCUCACUGCAGUCAUGUGACCCUGGACAGUCUGGACUCUGAGCCCUGAGGUCCGGCCCACCCGGGUCACACCUCACAAAAGCUGGACCUAACGUUGGAUCUGAUUGGACAGUAUUUCUUCUGCUGCUUUUAGAAUGUGUUUAUAUUUGAACUGCUGCCACGCCCCUCCCCCAGGUCUAAGCCCCUCCCCUGCUGCAGCUGCUGUCUUGUGAUUGGCUGUGGGAGCAGACAGGAGGUAAAAACACUGAAUGAUUUGUUUGAAUCUUUACGUCACAUCAACUUUAAUGUUAUCAUAGAAGAAAAGUCUGGAAUAUUAUGUAAGAACUGAGGAGUGGGCGGAGUCAACACUACUGUUUGUAACAAAAUAAAAGAAUCUAAAAG